GGUUUCAACUUUCAACCUGAAUCACAGUGCAACCCUAAUACAAUCCUCCGAUCAAUCAUGCGUCCAUCUUAUGACUUCUCUUUCAGUCGGGCUAGAUCCGGCACGCUUUCCUUCUAUGCUCGUCGUCGUCCAUGGAGAGAGCUAUUGACCCACCCGUCUUCCUAUACCCUACCCAUUUCCGUCAGCGAUUUCGCAUCUCGGGUCAAGCGAAAUCUCAGCUAUUUUCGGGUCAACUAUGCGAUGAUUGUACUGGUUAUACUCUUCUUAAGCCUUUUAUGGCAUCCAAUUUCAAUGAUUGUGUUCUUAAUCGUGUCCGUAGCUUGGUUUUUCUUAUACUUCCAUCGCGACGAACCGUUGAUGGUUUUUAAUCGUAUGAUUGAUGAUAGGAUUGUUCUGGUUGUUCUCGGAGUUGUUACGGUGGUGAGCUUGAUGCUCACUCAUGUUUGGUUGAAUGUGUUGGUGUCGAUUGUUGUAGGGAUUGUGUUGAUUUUUUUGCAUGCAACUUUUAGAAUUACAGAGGAUUUGUUUCUGGAAGAGGAUGAUGCCGCUGAUGGUGGAUUGCACUCUUUUGUUGGUACCUAUGUGUGAUUUUGAAGCUAUAAUACGUACAGAUCUGGAAAAUAGCAAAUACAAAGCUACUGC